CACACACCCAGGAGAUUUCCAAGAACAUUGGUUGGCGGGAUCCCGAAAGGUGAGAAUCAAACAAUUCUCCAGUCGUGGUUGGAGGAAGACUUCGAAGGUGUUCGCGAUUAGAAGAUGACUACAACUCAGAAACGACCACUCGGUCUCAAAGGCCGGAAGCAACAACAACAGCAACAGGAGAACGAGGACCGAGAGAAGAAGAAGGCUCGACUGACGGGAGAGGACAGCUCAUUCACUACGGUAGCACUAGCCAGCUCUUCCAACAACCAAACAGACCAGCCUGCCGAUGGACUCACCUUGGAGGACUUGGUCCAACUGAAGAAUCAGGCUGACGAGCUGAUCGACAAUCCCACCGGACUCGAAGAGGAUGACGACCAACUCGUCAACUUGCUUCGGGGAAUCUGUCAUGAAGCUAUCCGUCAAAUCGAAAUUACAGAGAAGAAGGAAGAAGAAGAAAAAGCAAACGAAACUAAACAAGAGAAGCCAGAAGAAGAAGCAAAAGAAGAAAAGCAAGAAGAAACAGGAAAAAGUUCUUCCUACCUCAUCAACAACCUAUCUCAUCAACUACUUGGAUGGGCUUCACUCGAGUUGGGCAUCUUUCUCACACUCCAUCAAAAUCCCGAUCGAUUCACCCAAGAAGAUGAACCCAAGUCUCUUGAAGCUUGGCUCUCGAUCGCCUCCAAAGUACUCGACAACUUGCCAUUCCAGAACCCGCAUGAAAACUCGGGAAUGCCCAGCGAUCUGCAACUACUUGCGCCAUCGCUCUCGCUUCUCAAGUCCGGGAAGCCGUCGGAGGUAGCCCAGAUCCUCCUGGAUUUCGAGCGUCAAUCCUGGAACCGAGAACAAUCAACUUACUUACUCCGAACGAUCGACCGGAUCAUCCUUCUCAAGUCCGAGAUCAUCUCUCAAGAUCCCACACCGAUCUUCAAGAUCAUCAUCAAAUUGUUAGAAGCCAUUCUCAGCAAAAAUGAUUCAGAAGGUGCCGAUGCGAAAAGCUUCCAAAGGUUACUGGAUCAACGCUUAGGAGACUGCCACCUUGCACACGGCUCUCUACUAGCCGAAAUGCUCGAGGCCAAGUACUACCCGGAACAAGACGAAGAGGAAAGUAACGAGGAGGAGGAGUUUGCAAUCGACAUUCAAGACCCUACUUAUAUACUUGCACUUGAAGAUCUCAAGCUAGCCGAAAGAAUUUUCUCAAAAUUGCUCGAGGAGAUCGACGAAACAGCCGAAUCGAAGGACGACCUGAAAUCAAAACUUGACGAGACGCUUCUCACGAUAGGGAACCUAUUGCCACCUGGCUCGGAACGGGAAGAGUUAUACCUUCGCGCGGGUCUGAGUUCUGAUAAAGAAGAAGAAGAUGAUGAUGGAAAUGAUGAAAAAUGAAGUUGUAAGAAGAUCGAGUCCUGUUGUAUUGUAGCCAAAAGAAGUUUUUAUGUCGCCUGUCAUGCCGCCAGAGUCAUAUCCUCAUUAACUGCCGUGAUUAGAUGAGAUGAGUCGUCAACGAAUCUCGAGUGAACGGCAACUAAGCACAUUGGAACGAACCUACAGUAUCCCAGAUAUGGUGG